AAUAGUCCAACCUUAACCGACACUGCACGACCGGAAUGUGGUUUAAAGGACCAGCGUUCCUACAGCAACCGGAAAACGAGUGGCAAGUGCAAAGCUUCAGACCUUCAACUACUGAGGAAGAGUUACGCCAGACGGUUUCAUAUCAUCGUGAAUUAUCCCCAGUAAUUAUCUUUGACAGAUUUUCUGAUUGGAAACGCCUGCAUCGAGCCAUCGCCUACAUGUGGAGGUACAUCAAUAAUUCUCGUCUGCCAAAAAUGUCUCGAUAUUUUGGACCCCUUUCGCAUCUCGAGCUACAACAAGCUGAGCAAUCGAUCAUCAAGGAAGCGCAACGAUUAGAGUUUCCAGAAGAAUAUCAGCUGCUUCUGCAUGACAAAUCAGGUACAAAGGGAUCUAAAAUGAUUAACAAGAAAAGUUCUCUUUAUAGACGUAGUGCAUACAUGGACGACGACGGUAUCUUACGAGUACGAGGAAGAAUCGAUGCUUGUCGUUACGCAAGCCAUGACAUGAAGAGGCCAAUUAUUCUUCCCAAAAAAUCCUGGCUCACCGAUCUGAUUGUAACGGAGUACCACUGGAAAUAUAAACAUCAAAAUCAUCAAACCGUAAUGAAUGAAGUGCAGCAAAAGUUCGAUAUUCCUGGCCUACGAAGCGCGUGCCACAGAGUGCGAAACAAUUGCUUUAGAUGUAGCCUUCGUAAAGCUUACCCUAAACCUCCAGUGAUGAAUGAGUUGCCGUUAGCUCGAGUGUCGCCGUACGCCAGACCGUUCUCCUACACAGGGAUAGAUUACUUCGGACCUUUUUUGGUCGCUGUUGGACGGAGACAGGAAAAGCGCUGGGGUGUGCUGUUCACGUGUCUAACAAUACGGGCCAUACACAUAGAGGUGGCUCAUAGCUUGAACACCAGCGCUUGCAUCAUCGCUAUUCGCAAUUUUAUCGCACGUAGAGGGACUCCGAUUGAAAUCAGAACUGAUCGUGGGACUAAUUUCGUUGGCGCUGAUCGUGAGUUGAAAGAUGCGGCGAAGCAGAUAAACACCGAGGAGCUGAUAGAUGAAAUGUACCUCCCCGAUACGACGUGGAUAUUCAACCCCCCCGGAGCACCACAUUUCGGUGGUGCAUGGGAGAGAUUAAUCCAAUCAGUUAAACGCACCCUCUCCGGCAUGCAAUUUACCAAAACACCGACAGAUACCGUUUUCGCCAAUUGGUUUAUUGAAGUAGAAAACAUUAUCAACUCUCGCCCACUAACACAUGUAUCGGUUGAUAGUGAGGAAGAAGCCGUGUUAACGCCAAACCAUUUUCUCUUGGGUUCAUCUUCUGGAAUAAAACCAUUAACAUCUCUUGAUGAUUCUUCCGCAGCCCUCAUGAACAACUGGAAGACGUCACAACUGUACGCAGAUCAAUUUUGGAAAAAAUGGUUAGCUUCUUAUCUGCCUACGCUCACCCGUCGCAGCAAAUGGUUUGAGACCCAGCCGCCAUUGCAAUUAGGAGACCUCGUGCUGAUUGUCGAUGACGCCCUACCAAGAGGAUGCGGGCCUAAGGGAAAAAUCGUACAGCUCGUACCUUCGAAGGACGGAACAAAUCGGCGUGUGUACGUACAGCUUGCGAACAAAAAGAUUAUAGAGAGACCGGUAGUAAAAAUCGCUGUAAUAAACGUAGAACCGCACGAAAGAGUUUAA